GCGGCGCUAUACGAUCUUUGCCCAAAGUAGGUCACGACAGUAAUGGAGUUCAUUCAGAAAUUCAAUGUUGAUGCAUUUGCUGAAUCCUCGGUGUCUUUGGCAUUAUUUGGAAACGUUAAAAAUGCAGAGGAAAUAAAGAAGCAUAUCGGUAGUGGCAAUAUAGAUGCAGCAAUUGUAUCUCCGGUCUUGGUUGCAGAUGCAUUCCAAGUGCUUGUGGCCACAAACAAAGCCAUCUACAAUCAAAAGAAUGGCAAGUUAAAAACCAGAUCUGUCAACUCUGAGAUACUCUACAGUAUUUCACCAUCAAAGAAUAUUGGAGAAUCUUUUAAGUUAUUCAGUUUCCAGAAUGAUGCUAGUCACCUGUUGGUGGUUGUUCUAAAUGAUGAAAGUAAUGAUAAAUUCAAUGUUUUGCAAAAGAGGAUUGUAGGAGAUUUGAUUCCACUGGAAAACCUAAAAGAAAUCUCAGAUAUUGAUAGGAUAAAACAGGUUUACAAGAUUCCAGAUGAAGAAUUAAAAUACAGUUCAUUGGUCCAGUCAGUAGUAUCCAGAAUCGCAACCAAGGAUGUGUCAUGACACUGGAUAGUUGAAGCAGACCAAAAGACAAUAAGCCAGCAAUGACAAUAGGCCAACAUGCCGUUUUAUUAUGAACUUCCUGGGACUAGUUUGUUAUGUAUAGUAGCUGGAUAAUCCUAUCCUAAAACUACUUGACCUUUUAAUUCAAUGAAGCAAGUUAAAAAACAAUAACACAAUAAACUGUCAGUAUGCAGGGGAAUUCAAUUGUAUACACUCCUGUUACAUUUCAUUGCCUUUUUUAUUUACAAACUUAAGAGCAAAAGCCUACACCAGAACAAGCCUACAUAAAAGCUUAAAUUGGCUGUAGUAAAACAGAUUUUUGUGCAUCAUUAUAAUUUGAUAGCGUGUUUGUCGUUUUUACAUUACAAAAUUUAUUAUCAUUCAUUCAAAUACAAAUAGAAUUUAAUUAUAUAUAUAUUUGAAUCCGAAGAGGGCGACAAACUAUCAAAUUGUUAGCUCAAAAUAGGAAAUUUUAAAGUAAAUCGUACAUUAACUCGCACAGGCUGUUCACAAAAGUGGAUUUUUUUCCGCUCGAACUGAAUGGUUCUCAUAUAAAUUAUUGUUUAUAAACAAACUAUAACAAUAUUUCUAAUCAUGAUUCGAGUUUAGGACCAAGAGUGACUAAUAUUAAAUAUAUAAUUAAUAACUUACAAGUGAUCUAAAUUUUGAUUUGUUUGUUGACUGGAGUCAUGCUAGUCCCAAUUUGAGAAAGAAUGCUUACUGCUUUGUCAAAAAUAUUUGAUACUGUUCCAAUGCUCAUAAUAUCAAAUGAUUAUUUUUGUAAUUGGCAUUAUUUGAAAUAAAAUAUAGCUUACUUCCAAAGUUUCGUUACUAUCUCAGCAACUUCUUCAGGAAACGAUUUAUUUACAACACAGAUCCACAAGCAUGCUUGCUACUUUGUUAUACAAAGAACUCAACAUAAAGUGUGUUGUUUCGUUUAUGUAUUUAUUUCAAAGAAAUAUAUGCUUUCGUUAUUAUAUGGGUCGCUUGUUACAAGUGCCACUUGAUAAAUGGUUUUUCCUUUUAUCAUUUGGCUUUUGCUUUUUGAGCAGUGCCCUCUUUCACACAAGUCUUCUUUUUUAUGAAAUCCGACUGUUCAAUAUUUACCUUUUGUUAUUAUAUUGUAUUGUGUGAAGAAAUAAAUGUUUAUUUGAAAUUGAAAGA